AUGCCUGCAUCACUUUUGCUCGGGUUCCUUUGUCUUGGAACAACACCACUAGCUCAUGCACAUCGCCAUUCUGAUCGGACAGAUCGACACCAUGCAGCGCACAGCCUACACGAACGAUUCCUGAUCAACUCUCUCGAUACGCCCGUCGACGUAACUGGAAGGCAUGCCUACCAGCCCCCGAAAGAAGGCGAUCAAAGAGGCCCUUGCCCAGGUAGAAGAUGCGCGUCGAAGUUUUGGGUGCAAAGGUUUGCUGACUACGUCUCAGGACUCAACGCGCUCGCCAAUCACGGGUACAUCUCGAGAGAUGGCAUUGUUUCUCUCGCCGAAGCCGUUGCAGCGAUCAACAAGGUAUACGGAAUGGGCAUUGAACUAGCCACGAUUCUUGCAGUAAUGGGCGUUGUGUGGGCUGGAGCACCCCUUUCGCUCAAUCCAUCAUUAUCGAUUGGCUCCAACAACACGGCUGUACAGAACUUGCUCGGCGGUGUUCUGGGAAUUCUUGGCACGCCUCGAGGGCUCGACUAUUCGCACAACUUCAUCGAAUCGGACUCCUCUCCGACACGCGAUGAUCUUUACGUGACCGGCGAUGCUUGGACGAUGAACUUGACCAAGUUCGAGAACUUGUAUUCGAUGCUUCCAGAGGGGCCAGACUUUCACGUCAGAGGAUUUAUUGCCAGGAAUGCCGGAUACCUCUUCGCCCUUCGUCUCUUUGCCAACCAUUCGACUGAGUAUCCGGAGGGCCAGCUCACUCAUGAGAAUUUGAAGAGCUUCUUUGGCGUGACUGGCAGGGGCUCCAAUUUCACGUAUCAAAAAGGCUGGGAAAGGAUACCUCAAAAUUUCUACAAAGUGCCUCUGGACUGGGGAUUGGUCCAACUCAAUCUCGAUCUCGUGUCGUGGACGUUGCAGUAUCCCCAGCUGGCCAGUAUUGGGGGCAAUUUGGGACGUGUCAAUUCCUUCGCUGGCGUAGACCUGUCAGACCCAGUGGGUGGACUACUCAAUCUCUCGAAUCUGCUGGAGGGCAAUAAUCUGCUGUGCUUCGCGCUUCAAAUUGUCAAGCUCGCCGCGCCGUCGUACACGAACAACAUCUUCGCCACGCUGACCAAGCCUUGA